AUGUCCAAAAUUUUUGUAUUUUUUCUAGUCCUUCCUUUUCUUGUAUUUUCUGGCCCAGAUCCAACUAAAAUCGAAGCUCAAAAACUGGUGAAUCAAAUGCUGAAAUCUUUCGAGACCAAAAAUAAAACUAUAAUUUCACAACACAUUGAUAAAGAUGUUGUUAUCAAUUUCUGCAAUGUGGCUAAAUUUGAAUACGGUGAGACAUUUUUUCAAAAAAAAAACAAUUUUUCGAUUUUUUUUAGACAUGGUUGUUAUUUUGUUAGAUUUGGGAAUGACAAUUGACCCGAUAAAAUUGAAAGUGUUAUCUGCGAAAUACGAAAAUCCAAAACUUCUGAAAGGCCACGGUUCGACGAAACUUUUGUUACGAGAUAUGACAUUGGAUUUUUACCUGAAGAAAAUUGAGGUUUGUUAGGAUUGGGUUGAACUUUUUGAUAUAUUUUUAUUCAGAAUCGAUGGAAAUUGAAUCUUCUCGACUUCAAAACCUGCUAA